CAUUUCCGAUCAGUGGGAGGCUUCUUCUUCUAGCCUAUGAAUUCAUUCUAGCAUCGUCCUAGGGAUCACCUGCCAGCUCUCUAUACGCCCGCAGGCCCCCCCAAACGUCCUACCUCACUAGAAAUAACGACGACAGCUCCCCCUCAUUCCUACUCGAGGGCGCCUUGGAUAUGGCUUCAAACAUCCUAUUCCUCCCGUUCCGGCGGUCUCACUCUGUAAACCUAUCCGAAGCCAUUAAGCAAUACAUCUCCUCCAAGUACGACCAGCACCCAGACAUGUUUACAAAGGACUUGGAAACAAUCGACAAGCUUCGCUCUACGGCGAUCCACGCUCAGGACCCCCAUCCGAGCAAUAUCCCAAAGCUACAAUCCUACGCUGCACAGCUCGUUUGGAUCAGCGGGAAGUUCCCUAUUGAUAUUGGUGUAGACUUUCCCUGGUACCCCGCGCUGGGGUACAACACAAAUCGUCCAGUUUCCAAGAACAAUCUCCGCUUCGAACUCGCCAACAUUGUCUUCAACGUCGCUGCCAUGUACUCCCAAUUAGCCAUGUCCUCGAAUCGAAGCACAUCGGAAGGCUUGAAGCUCGCUGCCAACAAUUUCUGCCUCGCUGCCGGUGUCCUCUCUCAUCUUCGGGAUAAGAUACUACCCGAACUGCGAACAUCCCCUCCUGAGGAUAUGGAUACUAUGACGCUCGAGAGUCUGGAGAAGUUGAUGCUGGCCCAGGGGCAAGAAUGCUUCUGGCAGAAGGCUGUCAAAGACGGACUGAAAGAUGCCACCAUCGCGAAGCUUGCGGCGCGGGUGUUGGAUUUAUACAAUGAGGCUAGCGACGCUGGAAUCCAGUCUGAUUCCGUUAGCAGCGAGUGGAUACACCAUAUGACGGCCAAACACCACCAUUUCGCUGCAGCGGCGCAAUAUAGGGCUGCUUGUGACUGUUUGGAGAAGCGCAAGUAUGGAGAAGAAGUGGCCCGGCUCCGGGACAGUCUCAUCUGUGUCAAUGAGGCUCUUAAGGAACAAAGGUACAUCAAUAAGGCUGUGUUGGCAGAUCUGAAUGGGUUGAAAAACCGAGUAACGGAGGACCUCAAGCGAGCGGAGAAGGAUAACGACAUGAUAUAUUUGCUGCCCGUGCCGCCGAAGUCUGAAUUGAAGAUUCUUGACCGAGCAAACAUGGUUGUUUCCAGAGUGCCGAAAGAGAUAUCAGACUCGAAUUCGAUGCUGGGCGAUAAUGGAGAGCUAGGGCAAGCGCUCUUCUCCAAACUAGUCCCAUACUCUGUUCACCUAGCGGCGAGCAUCUACGUCGACCGCCGUGACCGCUUGGUCAACAACACAAUCAUCGAUGACCUGGAGGUGUUGACGACUCAGAUUCACGAGGUUUUGAGGAGCCUCAAUCUUCCAGGAUCGCUUCAAGCCCUCGAGAAACCGCUUGGGCUGCCACCAGGGCUCAUGGCACAUGCCGAGGAGAUACGUCAACAGGAUGGAUUGAAUCGAUUGCUUCGCUCCAUGGAGGAUACAAAGAAGUUAAAAAAGAGCGAUCAAGCCAUCUAUCACGAGGGCUGUGAUAUUCUCAAAUCGGAAGCCGCAGAGGACGAGGCGGCGCGACGAAAGUAUGGAACAGAUCGAUGGAAUCGACCACCAUCCGAGCAAGCCGCUCCAAAACUGUACGCCCAGAUUGGCGAGAUUGAUGGCUACUUCAAGGCAGCUGUAAACAGCGAUAAUAUUGUUAAGACAAAACUGAAAGAGAAUGAGUUCCACAUUAAGCUACUGAAUGGCCCGGACCACGAACUAGAGAACUUUGUUCCAAGUGGCCGAAGACCCGCAAUCACAGGAGUCGUUGAGCGAGAAGCGGGGAGACUUCGAGGCUGCUUCAAUGAAGCGAGCCGAUUAGAGAGUAGGAGGAGGCGCAAAGUUGAAGCUCUAAAGACCAAGGCCAAACAAGAUGACAUAAAUCCCGAGCUGCUCCGCGAGGCCGCUCGCCUAGAGCGGGAAUACCCUAUGCAGAAUAUUGAGGCUGUACAGUUCGAGAACCUCUUCGAUAAGCGACUGCAGAUGUACGACGUGGAUCAAGACAUGGUCAAGGAGGAGGCGAGGGAGCAGGAAGAGGCAAUCAAGCGGGUAAAGGACGCAAAUGCAGCCUUCGUGAAUGCCCGCAAAGGGGAUCAGUCGACGAAGCAGCGUGAACAGGCCUUGCAGAGUCUGGAAAAUGCUUAUUUCAAAUACAAGGAGAUCAUCUCGAAUCUCGACGUGGGUAGGAAGUUCUACAAUGAUCUUGCCAAGAUCGUUAGCAGGUUCAGAGACGACUGUCGGAGCUUUUCGUAUCAGCGGAAGUCGGAAGCGUCGCAGGUCGAGAAUGACAUCGCAACAGCAAUGAGCUCACUAAACCUCCACCAGGCAAACUCUAGCUCUUUGCAGCAGCAACGGCAAGCAGAAACCCAGAACCCACAAUAUGGGGUUGAUGCACAUGCUGGGGAGCCUCUGAUGGCUCCCACUCCGACGAGAGCAAGUGUAGGGCCGCACGCAGGAAUGUGGACGCCCGAAGUCGGAAUCAGGUUCGCAGGUGCACCAACAGCAACAAGCAAUACUCGACCAGCUAAUGGGCCACCGCAAGGCGGGCGGUGGGAUCCUGCCAAAGGUCUUAAAUUUGGAUAGUUGCUCAUCAGGUGUUUGAUAUUCGAUACAUAUUUCAUUUUGUGGAUGAUAAAUGCUCGGCAAUAAGAAUGCACGGUGCCUGACUAAGGUGGAGGAAU